CCUUGACGGAUUCUUCCGCUCCAUCUCAGAGUCGCUCUGUACGAACCUGCAUACAGGAAGAAUCGGGAAGGGGAAGGGGAAGGAGUUCAGGGAGAAAGGCAGAAAGGGACAAGUGGGCUGUUCCACUUCCACUUCGACAGUCCCUUGCUUCGAGCGGCAUUACAGCAAUUCAGAAUUAGCAGGCAGACGCAAUGAGGCUCGACGUAAAGCGCCAACUGUUUGCGCGCAGUGAGCGUGUUAAGGGCAUCGACUUCCACGCCUCGGAGCCAUGGAUCCUCACCACUCUCUACAGCGGCCACGUCUACAUAUGGUCCUACGAAACACAGAGCAUUAUCAAGACCUUUGAAUUGACUGAUGUGCCUGUGCGCGCCGGACGAUUCGUCGCCCGCAAGAACUGGAUUGUGUGUGGCAGCGAUGACUUCCAAUUGCGAGUAUACAACUACAACACGUCCGAGAAGAUCACCUCCUUCGAAGCACACCCAGACUACAUCCGAGCGAUCGUCGUACAUCCGACCCAGCCCUUCGUGCUUACUGCCAGCGAUGACAUGACCAUCAAGCUGUGGGAUUGGGAGAAGGGUUGGAAGUGUGUGCAAGUCUUUGAGGGACACAGUCACUAUGUCAUGGGACUGGCCAUCAAUCCAAAAGAUACCAACACAUUUGCAUCCGCAUGUCUAGAUCGAACAGUCAAGAUCUGGAGUCUCGGAUCAAGCACUCCCAAUUUCACCCUCGAAGCACACGAGACAAAAGGCGUGAACCACGUCGACUACUACCCACAAUCCGACAAGCCAUACCUCCUCACUACCUCAGAUGAUCGGACAGUCAAGAUUUGGGAUUACACCACAAAAGCAUUGAUCGCGACUCUGGAAGGACACACAUCGAAUGUCUCGUUCGCAUGCUACCACCCAGAACUACCAGUUAUCAUUUCUGGUUCAGAAGAUGGCACAGUCAAAAUCUGGCAUGCGAACACGUAUCGUCUCGAGCAGUCUUUGUCAUACGGUCUGGAGCGAGCAUGGUGUGUUUCGUACCAGCGAGGCAAGCAGGGCAUUGCCAUGGGUUUCGACGAUGGUGCCGUUGUGGUGAAGAUGGGUCGCGAGGAGCCGGCAGUUUCCAUGGACGCAUCUGGCAAGAUUAUCUGGGCACGACAUUCCGAAAUCCUCACAUCAGUCAUCAAGGGUGGUGACAAGAAUCUCAAGGACAACCAACCCGUCUCACUCGCAUCAAAAGACCUUGGAAGCACAGAAAUAUACCCCCAAACACUCAUCCACUCGCCCAAUGGCAGAUUCGUCGCAGUCUGUGGAGAUGGAGAAUACAUCAUCUACACUGCUCUUGCCCUUCGUAACCAGGCUUUCGGCUCCGCUUUGGACUUUGCCUGGGCAUCGAAAGAGAAUGACAAGGACUAUGCUAUCCGGGAAUCACAGUACUCGGUGAAGAUCUUCCGCAACUUCAAGCCAAAAGCUGGAGAUGGCACUGUGAAUGUUGGCUUCACUGCUGAGGGCUUAAGUGGCGGCGUUCUGCUUGGUGUCAAAGGUCAAGGUGGUGUCGGCUUCUUCGACUGGGAGACUGGCAAGCUUGUGCGCCGAAUUGAGGUCGAGCCUCGCAAUGUCUACUGGUCAGAAUCUGGCGAGCUCGUGUGCUUGGCUUGCGAGGACACAUAUUAUGUCUUACGAUACUCGCGAGAACAGUAUGUCGCUGCUCUGCAGUCUGGCAGCGUUGACGAAGAUGGUGUUGAAGAUGCUUUCGAGGUUGUGUGCGAUAUCAACGAAAGCGUCCGCACUGGUCAAUGGGUUGGCGACUGCUUCGUCUACACCAACAGCACUAACCGCCUCAAUUACCUCGUCGGUGACCAAAUCUACACGGUCUCACACUUCGAUCAGCCCUACUACGUCCUCGGAUACCUGCCCAGAGAUGGCAGAGUAUACAUCUGUGACAAGGACGUCAACGUCACAUCCUUCGCCCUCUCUGUCAGCGUCAUCGAAUUCCAGACUCUUGUACUCCGUGGUGAGCUCGAAAGUGCGUUAGAAAUGCUCGAACAAGGCGACAUCCCUGAAGACCAAAAGACCAAGAUCGCCAGGUUCCUCGAAGGACAAGGCUACAAGGAACAAGCUCUCGAGGUAUCCACAGACAACGAGCACCGCUUCGAACUGGCACUAUCGCUCAAUGAACUCAACACGGCACUCGAAUUAGCACGCGACGCAAACGCAGAGCACAAGUGGAAACUUGUCGGCGACGCAGCACUCACCGGCUGGGACUUCGUCGUCGCUGAGGAAUGCUUCCGAAACGCCAAGGACCUGAGCAGUUUACUCAUGUUCUACUCAUCCUCGCUCAAUGAAGAAGGCCUAAGAUGGGUGGCCGAGAAAGCCCAGGACUCCGGCCUUUACAACAUCGCAUACGACUGCUUACUUCUCCUCGGCGACGUGGACGGCUGUCUCGAUCUCCAAAUCAAGACAGGACGUCUCGCGGAGGCCGCAUUUACAGCGCACACUUACAAGCCCUCAAGAGCACAAGACAUCACGAAGCAAUGGAAAGGCAGCCUGGAGAAGAGCGGCAAAGGUAAGGUCGCGAGAUUGGUUGGUGUUCCGGGCGAAGAUGAGGAGAUGUUCCCUGAGUGGGAUAGUGUUUUGAAAUUGGAGGCUGAGGGUGGGAGUCAUGCGGAUUUGAUUGAUGUUAGCGAACCUGCGACGAACGGUGCGGAGGCGCCUGCCCAAGUUGCUGCUGAGGUUGCGGAUACGGCGGAGAAGAUUGAUGCUGAGUAAGUCAGGUCUUGAGGCCAACAGUGAUAGAAAGCUUUAUGUUUAUGUAUACCCGAAGACAAAAGCAGUUGGGAAGC